AUGGGCGGCGUGGUGAAGAUCGCAGAUGUUAGUGACUUUAUCAGCCCAAGUCAGGUAUGUUAUUAUGAAAUUUUGAUUCUUAAAGCUCCAAUAAAGAGUGUUUAGUUUUUUUGCACAUUUUUAUUGUAAAAUACGACUAGUGUAUUGACGUAGAACAUUUCAGGCUUGUAUAUUACCCAUGCCAGGUCAAUCUGAGUCAAAAUCAAACCUCGUGAAGCUCAGAAAGAAAACAGAAAGACCAGUACUUCAAGAACAGAAGAUUACAGUAUCUUUGAAGGAUUGCCUAGCUUGUAGUGGAUGCGUAACGACGGCAGAGACAGUUUUGAUUCAAUCUCAGACGGCAGAUGAGAUGUUAGCUGGAUUGUCAUCUUCUAAAGUUGGAUUUGUUACAGUUUCACCUCAAGCAUUGGCUUCAUUAGCUGCUGAGUUGGAGUUGACAAUGGGCGAGAUGGCUAGAGUUUUAGCGAAAUUUUUUAAAAGUAAAGGAGCUGAAUUUGUGGUUGAUUCCUCUUUUGGUCGAUAUUUUUCGUUAUUGGAAUGUUUGGAGGAACUGAAGGAUAAGUUGAGGAAUCGGAAAAAGAAGGAGAUGUUGAUGAGUGGAAUUUGUCCAGGUAAAGGCAGAUGUGUUAUUCAAAAUGUUUAUUUUUGGCCUUUUAAAUUCUCUGCACUGUGCAAAAAAAUAAAGUUUCUGCACAGUGGUUUAAAAAAUUGUUUAAUUAUUUAAUUUUACAGGAUUUGUAUGUUAUUCUGAAAAACGUAAGAAAAACGACGUUGUGCCAUAUAUUUCAUCGAUACGAUCGCCGCAGGCAGUCAUGGGUGUUCUAAUCAAGGAUUACUUGGUUAGGAAGCUCAGUAAAUCAGUUGAAAAUAUAUAUCAUGUAGCUGUGAUGCCAUGUUACGAUAAGAAGUUGGAAGCAUCAAGGGGAGAGUUUGGAAGUAGUGUUGGUCAGGAUACUGAUUGUGUUGUUACUCCAUGUAAGUGUAACUUGAUGUAAAGUACUGUAAGGUAGAGUAGGGUAUGGCUUAAGGUAGGGUAGGGUAGAAAAAGUGGGGGGAGGAGGUGGGUUUGGUUGAGUACUAUAUGCUGUGGUACUGUAAGAUAGUGUUGGUACUGUAGUAUGGCAGGAUAGAAAAAGGAGGGGUUGGGCAAAGUACCGUAUGAUCAGGUUCUUUAAGAUAGUUAUAGUACUGUAGUAGAGUAAAUUUUUAAAAAUUUAAAAAAUAUUGUUAUAGCUGAACUUCUGCCUCUAAUAAAAGAAUUUCGAUGUGAUGAAGAUAUACAAGUAGAUACAGAGAUGACAUGGUUAAAUUCAUUAGAACUAGGAUGUGUGAUAGGAGACUAUGAAGACGAGACUUCUGGAGGUUACACUAAAUUUAUCUUGGAUUCUCUAACACAAACUUUAACUGAAGAAAAUCAACUGGUUGAUGUUCAAACUGAAAGGUAUGUUGCUUUAGGGUUUGAGUCUAGUAAAAUACGAAAAUUUUUAAUAAAUCUCUUAAUAUUAUAGGCCUAAAUUUGUUACUUUGAGCUUAAAAAUUGUUUCUUUAAGCCUAAAUUUGUUUUUAGGUCUAAAAGUUAUGUUUUAGGUAUAGAAAUAUCAUAUAAGCAGGGACGUCGUUUGGGGGGGGUUGGGGAGUGGUUCGGGGUGACUCCCUCUUCCCAGAGCCGAUCCGAAAAAAAAUCCACAGGUAGAAAAUUUACCUGUACGUGAAAAACAGAAAAAAAAAUUUUCGAAAAAUCGGUCCACAGGUAGCUAAACCGUAGCGACGUCUCUGAAUAUAAGUUUUCUUAGGUUGUUCAAAUAAUUCUGCGCGCCAUAGCGUCAAAAAUUUGCGUUGAGUGAGGGCUUAGAAUUAUUUGGACAACCUAAUAUUAUAAACCUAAUUUCUUCUUUUUUUAGCCAGAACGAUCUGGAACGAUAUACGAUAAACAUGAAGAACGGCGAAACGUUAACAUUGGUCAAGGCUUAUGGUUUCAGGAAUAUUCAGAAUCUGGUCAGGCGAAUCACACAAGGAAGGCAUGAAGUUGAUUAUGUUGAGGUUAUGGCAUGUCCGAAAGGCUGUCUAAACGGAGGUGGUCAAAUCAGAAACCCAGAACCCGCGCUACAAGAUAUACGAGUAAACAAGGUGAAAGAAGUUUAUAAACAAGCGAAUCAACGAGACCUACUAGAACAACAAUAUAAAGAAGUUCGAGACGAAUGGCAGAGUUUGAAUCCAGAGUAUCGACAGUUAUUGACUGCCAAAAUACAACACGUCCAACCACCGGCUGCUAAUUCUGUUGCUGCUAUGGCUUGGUAG